AUCUGAGACACAUAUAACAAGUCGUCAAACUUUUAUUUCCUCCCGUCGCAUCUCACACAGUUGGACUCGGCUCUAUAGUCGUCGAUUCCUUUCUUUUUCCUUUCUAUUCUUUCUUCCUCCCACGAAGAAAAGUAAAGUAGGAGUGCAAGCCAAUUCAAUUUCAAUUACCGAUCACCUCACGUCGUCACCACCACACCUCUCUCGCGGCGGUGGCGGAUAAGAAAAACUAACUGAAGAAGCAACCCAAGGCGGCUCUAACAGAACCAGAACCAGAACCAGAACCGAAGAGAGAGAGAGAGAGGGCCUCGCCUCGGUAGAUCCGAAUCCUAGGCAUUUCCCCUGCGCCAUGCCCAAGAACAAGGGUAAGGGAGGUAAGAAUCGAAAGAGGGGAAAGAACGAAGCCGAUGAUGAGAAGAGAGAGCUCGUGUUCAAGGAGGACGGGCAGGAGUACGCGCAGGUGCUCCGCAUGCUCGGCAACGGCCGGUGCGAGGCCAUGUGCAUAGACGGCGUUAAACGCCUCUGCCAUAUCCGUGGGAAGAUGCACAAGAAGGUUUGGAUAGCCGCGGGUGAUAUUAUCCUCGUCGGUCUCCGCGAUUAUCAGGAUGACAAGGCUGAUGUAAUCCUCAAGUAUAUGCCAGACGAGGCGAGGUUGUUGAAGGCAUAUGGAGAGCUGCCUGAGAGCACGAGGCUGAUCGAGGGUAUUGCUGGUGGAAUGGACGAGGAGGAGGAUGGUCCUGGCGACGAUUACAUUGAGUUUCAGGAUGAGAUUGACAAGCUCUGAACUCUCUCCCUCUCUCUGUUGUCUUGAAAGAUACAGUCCUCCGCUGAUAUGUAAUGGGCGGUGGUGCAUACAAGAAAUAAUUCUGUAUAUUGUUCUUUUAUUUAUGUUGAUGUGUACUGAAUGAAUGGAUGCUUAAAAGUGAAUUCUGAUGGGGAAUUGGAUUGUGAAUUAAUGUAUGAUGAUGCAUCCAAUAAAAAUGAAGAGUUGCAUUGCGUGUGCCA